AUGACCACCUACAUAUAUCCCAGCGCCUUUAGUCCGUUGACCUCUCAGCUCGGUGUGAGCGUCGGAACCGUGGCUGCAGGAGCCAUCACUUCAGCCAACGACGAAGCAACAACGUCGUCAACCUCUGCCAAGGACGCCAGCUUCGCGGGCUUUAUUUGUCACGCUGCCUACCUCGAGGCGCAGCUAAGGAAGGGCGGCCAAUCUGCAUUCUUUUCAGGCGAUGGAAAACAGAUUGUCAAUCGGGACAGGAUUGGAGAAGGCGCCUCGUUCCUUGUCGACCGGGCCGAAUUGCAGGGAAACCCCGAGACCGACAGCAGCCAGAGUCCCAAGUACGUCGCAAUCAAGACUGCCAAAGAACCCAACGCCAACGAAGAAAACACCGGAAGAUGGCGCGACAUCUUAUUCGAGGUACGCGCCCUGCUGCAUGAGCCCCUCCGCUACCACCCCAAUAUUGCCCACCUCCUCGACAUCCGCUGGGACGGCGGCGGCGAGACCGGCUCUCCCUUCCCGACGUUGGUGGUUGAAUAUGCCGAAUUUGGUACCCUCCUCAACCUGCAGAGGUCGCACGCCCAGGACCCGCUCCUAUUUUCCAUCAAACAAAAGCUAUGUUACGACGUCGGCAGAGGCCUAUCGAUACUCCACGCCUGCGGCAUCGUCCACGGCGACUUGAAGCACGAGAACGUGCUCGUCUUUGCGAACCGCUAUCAGACCCCUCCCGGCCAGCCUUACACGGCCAAGCUUGCCGAUUUCGGCGGCACAGUGAUGGACAUGGUGGACGACGACGGGCGCGAGUUGCAGGGCCACCGACUGCGCGUGCGCACGUUCCCCUAUGAGGCGCCUGAGGUCGGCAGGCAGCUUUCCACCGAUGGGGUCAAGAAGACGGACGCCUACUCGUACGGAAUGCUCAUCUGGCGCUGCAUGCUCGACUGCGCCGAUGUUUUCCUCUUGAGCGGCCUGCAGCUACCCAAGGGUCAACCCCAGGAGGCCGAGCUGGAGAGGAUGAACGAGUACAAACGGUCGGAUCAGGUGCUGGAGUGGGCCAUGUCCACAAUCUCGGAGCACUUUAUCAGAAAGGCCAUCCCAGCGCCGAGCUUGCAGCUGGUCAUGGCAGCGCUCAUGUUCACCCUCCGCGGGAACCCGGAGCAACGGGCUUUGGAUCGGGCUCAGGCGCGCAUGAGGGGGAUGACGGCGAACUUGGGCUAUUCCUAUACCCUGGUCAAGGACGAGGCCAACAGAAGGACGACAUCUGGUGAACGGAACAGGACCCCAGGCAGGCAUGGGAUGACGGUGGAUACGGUUGGCUAUGGACUUGGGCGGUUGGGUGACGAGUACGACGCACAAAACAACAUGCCCGGUUACCGGCCCGACCUGCCUCAUCCUGACAGAGGUGGUUUCCACUUUGAUCCGCUGACUCUACGCGGCCUGCUCGACUGGGAUCAACAAGUGAUGAUGCUAAACGAGUUCAAGGCCGCCGCCGAAGGGGGAGCCCAGGAAACAGCAACAAGCCUACAGCCCUGGACCGCCGCUUUCUUCCUAUACCAAUGCUACAUUGUCGGGUUCGGCACCCACGUAAACGCACAAGAGGCCUGCAAGUGGCUUUCAAAGGCAGCAGAUCCUCCUCAAGAGAUUGCCGGCGUGGACUACCUGGCGAGAGCAUGGCUUACGCGCGUAUACUCGGCGCUCGGCGUCGAAAUCACCCUCAGCCCUUCACAACAAAAGGAAAACCUCUGGUGGAGCGUUAUCCGUGGCCACCGGCUGUGCUCUGCCGACCUGCGCUCCCUCGCCCUGCAAUACCCGCAAGAAGCUGCUCGCGAAGACUGGCUGGGAUCUCUACAAGAGGCCGAGUGGAACUUUAAGACGAGAACCGGUGCGACUGGCAUGCCGUUUUUCAUCCGACGAAAGCUAUCACGAGCCUGGUCUGUUGAUGGAGACAUGGCGGCACUCGACAAUGAGAUCAGGUUGGAGCUAGGUGACGAGUACGAUUCUUGCGUACGAAGGACUGACCAAGAGGUCGCCGACAACGAGGAGAAACGCUUCGACAAGAUUUACGUUAACCACAAAGGCCAUGGUCUUCUCCACUUAGCGGCGGCGUACGGAUCCGAGACAGCCCUCCGUCACUUGCUCGACAAGUACGACUGCAGCAUCGAUCUGCGCAACCAGUCCCACAGCGAGACGCCACUCCUCUGUGCUGUCAAGGCUGGAAACCCACCGUGCGUAGAGCUUCUCCUCGACAGAGGCGCCCUGCCAGAUGGCCACAGGCCCGGCAGCGAGGGUCUCGUGGAGGAAACCCCGCUUCACUGGUUGUCGAGCCUUGGUGAGAGCAGGGAAGAAGAGGAGUACAUGCACCGCUUGAUCGACAGGCUGCAAGCGGCUGGGGCGGACAUUGAGAAGGUUACGGGCGGCGGGAGACCCGAGGUCAGGGGCAUCAUUGCAGAUUGGGAGAACAGUCUCGGCAUCCCCCUCACGCCGCUUGGACGUGCGGUCCUGCAUCAGAGCCAUGCCGCUGUUCGGAGGCUCCUGGCUCAUGGCGCCGACCCUCUCGGCAGGAGCAGCAAAACGGAGGCUAGGUCGCCGCUGGAGCUGGCUGCCGUCUUGACGCUGCCGGAUAUGCUGGAGCUUCUUCUCAAGGCGGUUGACGAGCGUGACUUGGAUGAUGAUGUUGAUAAGCCCGUCGUGUGGGACGAGAACGAAAUGCUUGAGGCGGCGCAUAGUGGUGCCGUCACGGGCUAUGACCCCCUUACACUGCAGAGCAGACUGGUGCGGUGCGGGUCAAACUACAAGGUCUGGCUUCGGCGAACGCUACAGAUACUGCGAGAUCGACGGCGCCAUCAGGACGGAGCCGCAGGAAAGACCCUCGUCCCAGACUCCAGCAGCGGUGCAAGCCUCUGUCGAGAAAUCAAGCUUGGAAACGUAGACAUUGUCGAAGCACUCCUCAAUAUUGGCCAUCCGGUAGAAGGCACGCCAGGUUCGCGGCCAAUAGAGGCUGCCGUCCUAUCGAACAACGGCAACGCCUAUGACAUUCUAACGACAAAACUCUCUCCAUUGAGCUUCCCAGAGAAUGACAACAACAGUCUACUGCAACUAUUUGCUUCCAGGCCAAGAACAGCACCACGCGAGACUGCCAUUGCCGAGCAUCUCAUUGCAAGUGGCGUUUCUGUCAAUCCCCAUCCUCAAAGCAGUCUGCCUGGAGCCCUGAGCCUCGCCAUCUACAAGCGGUAUUUCGACCUCGCAGACCUCCUGAUCGCACACGGCGCAGGAUCAGAGCUGAACUCUUACUACACACCGCCAAGCACCACCGACACGGAUCAAGUCUCUCUGCUGGGGGCUCUCCUCAAACAACACAACUUUGCAACUCUGGAUUCCAUCUCGUACCUGGCGCGCAUCCACAACGCUGGCAAAGUCAGCAUCAGUCCUUUGGUCAACCGGACUCGCAACAUGACCGCCCUUCACGUGCUGUGCCUGCAGCCGGCGGAUGAGUGGAACAGCCACUCGCAGAUCUCAGACUGCAUAGUCCAGAAGAUCCUCGAAAUGUUCCCAGACCAAGCGAGCCUGGGAGAGUACGCGUUGCACCCGGAGCUAGGCACCCCACUCAGGGCUGCCAUCGCCGCCGCCAACACGCCCAUGGUCACCGCACUCCUGGACUCGGACCACGUCGCCAACGUCGACGCGCCCGAGCACCCCAGCCAGCUCGAGGCUGACGACCCAUCCCCGCGCUUCUCCCCCCGCGUACUCGCCGUCUGGCUCGCCCAGCGCUCCAUGGUCGACUUCGUAACCGCCCUGGCCGCGCCGACGGCCCCGCCCCCCGACGACCUGGACAAGGUCAAGCGCCGGUUCGACAUUGCCUGCAUGCUCGUGCCACCGGGCCAGACCCCGCCCGACGCGCCCGCCGACCUCGUCUUCCGGCACCCGAUCGAGUACGAAGCCAAGCUGCGGAGCUACGAGCUGGAGCUGGCGUCUGUCCGGGGCGCGAGGCCCGGCAACCUCCACCUGCCGAUCUUGGGGAUGCGGUCGUUGGCUCUGGACGAGCAGCAGCAACAGGCCGGGGGCUCGGGUGCUGUGGGUGAAGGCGGUAGUGGCAGCAGCAGCACGGCGGCUAGGGACCCGGAUUUGCCGGUCGAUCUGUCCGUGUUGACCGAGGAGCAGCCGACCGGGUGGCACGAGGGCGUCGAGAUGACGCAGCUCAUGGCCCUCAGGGUCUUUCUUAAGAGUUUCCGCGGCGCAGAGGCCGGAGGGCUGGGCAUCGGUGGCAUCAACGCCUUCAUGAACCAGACAUAUAAUGCGAACAGGGCUGUCGCUGCCGACGGGGGUUGA